AUGUAUCCACCCAAAAAUAGACAAUUAUCCAUAAAUGUCAAGCUUUGUUUUUGCAUCCUUUUUUCAUAUUGUUAUGUCUCCUUUCUUCCGGCAGAUUUGGGACCCUGGCUGACGCUUCUGACCCCCGCAAUCGGCGCGCUAGCUGGUUGCAUCUCAAAGACAGCCGUCUACCCCCUGGACCUCGUGAAGAAACGUUUCCAGAUUGUGGGUUUUGAGGAAGCUCGCAAGCCCUUUGGGAAACUGCCCAACGUGAAGUUAGAAGCGCCGUUCAAAUUCACAACGGGCCGUGUGUUGGUUGAAAUCUGUCGUACUGAGGGCUUUCUGGGUCUCUUUAAAGGUUGGCUGCCGUCCAUGCUGAAGGCUGGAGUGAGCACGGCAGCCACGUUUACCUUCUUCGAAAUGUACAAGGAACUUAUUGCCUCGGGUCAUUUUAAAAUAUAA